ACCGCGAACAGGUCCGCGGUAAACUGGGACUUAUGAUCAAGGUAAAUAGCUCGAGAUGUUUACGUUAUUUUUGCAAAAUGUGGUUUGCGCUUUAUUGGCAAACAAUUCGAUCUGGUUAAAAUAAUAAAAUAAAAAAAACAAAUACGUGCAAAUAUUUCAUUGAAACCUGAUUGAAUUGAAAUAGGGAUUAAACGAGCAUAUAUAUUCUUAAUCCCACAGAGAAUACAUCAGUUUGACAAAAAGUCCACUGAAUGAUUCUCCAUAAAAUUAAUAAUCGAUUGGUGCGAAUAUUGUAUUUUUCUUGUGUGUGUUUUCGUCUGUUCUUCCCUUAUGGAUUUAAUUCGGGUAUUCUCAGCUCUACUUGGAGUGGUGUUUAUAUCACAUAUCGGAUGUAGCCAACGUGCUAAACAUCCGGGACACAGGACUACGACAGAAGUUCCUACGAUAGAGGAUCCCGCUGAUGCCUUUAACUACAAUAUAUCUGGGAACCUGAAUGAAAAUGGCGUCCCCAUUUUUGCAGUGGACCAGCGUACGCCUACAAAAGAAGAUCUCGAGUCCUUUGGCACAUACAAGGAGCCAGAGGCUAUGGAGGAAAUAAUGGAGAUUAAUUCGGGAAUUCUUUCGAAGGCGAGAGAGCAUCUCCUGCAGUUUGAUAUAUGGGUACCUUACAAUGUGACGAAACAUGGUGACCAGCAAUUUGGUACAACUCUUAAGAAGCGAAAUGCUGCUAGCGAUCGACGACUUCAAUGGCCACGAGGAGUAGUCCCAUAUGUCAUCGAUGGAUUGUUCGACAGUGGUUCGACUCAGAGAAUAUACGAAGCCUUAGAUCGCUAUCAUGCUUACACCUGCAUUCAAUUUGUUCCAAGAACCUAUGAAACAAACUACAUUCAUCUCUUUCCAUCAGAGGGGUGUUAUUCUUCGGUAGGGAUGCAAGGCGGAUCGCAGUACGUCUCACUUGGUGGAUCAUGUACCUACAAUAUUGGAACCAUUAUCCACGAGUUGAUGCAUGCCUUGGGAUUUCAACAUGAACAGUCAAGACCAGACCGCGACAGUUAUGUAUACAUCCACUGGGAGAAUAUACAACCAGGAAUGGAAUUCAACUUCAACAAGUUUGACAACUACGCUGUCGACACCCUAAGCACGACCUAUGAUUAUUAUUCAGUGAUGCAUUACCCAAUACUUGCUUUUUCCACCAAUGGACUGCCAACAAUUACUCCAUAUGGAUCAUAUCCUGCCGACAUUGGUGAAAGGAACGGAUUUAGUCAGGUCGACGUUUUUGAAAUCAACACCUAUUACAACUGUGGAAGCGGAGUGACACCUUGUGCCGACAGUAAUAACGGAUGUGCCAACUGGGCUCGUUUGGGUUACUGUUACGAUGCUGUCUACUCGGAUUACAUGAGAACAACCUGUGCACUAAGUUGCGGCCAGUGUUCGGCAUCACCAGAUCCAAAGCCAACUCAACCAUCGACCAAUUGCAGGGACUCCUUUCCUCGUUGCCCAGAAUGGGCUAAGAAAGGCGAAUGCAUGAAUCAGCAGGCCAGACCAUGGAUGCAAGCAAACUGCCCGGCCAGUUGCGGCAGGUGUACCUCAAGCCCUGGUCGCCCGUGUAGAGACGAGAGAAGGGAGUGUCCAGAGUGGUCAAGGAAUAGGGAAUGUCUCACAAACACCGACUUCAUGCUGGCAAACUGUAUGAGGAGUUGCGGACUAUGCGACAUAAAUGACUGCAUGGACAAUCAUGAGCUUUGUGGAACUUGGGCACAGUAUGGUGAAUGCGAGAAAAACCCUGCAUAUAUGCACGUCGAAUGCAGGUCAAGCUGCAAUCUCUGUGGCAAGAAUAUAACUCUCACACCGGAGUGCAUAGAUUCUAACGGUAACUGCGGGGUGUGGAAGGAGGAAGGCCUCUGUGAAACAAGCAAGGAAUUCAUGGACGUCAUGUGUGCGGCUAGCUGCGAUGUCUGCGACGGUGACACGGCCCCAAUUCCUGAUGGCGGUAAGAAGCCGACUACCUGCGGUGCCAACGCGAACUGGGACGCCGCAAGGUCUCUUGGGAUGAUACUAGUCUGCUGGCUGUUCCGACAUCAUCUAUAAAUAUAUGUCUGUUGCAUGAUGCCCGUCGUCACGGUCUAGACAGACUACAACUCGACUGUGACAAGUAAUGGAAUGACGAAUUUAAACCCACAUGUAUGUGAAUUUUACAAGGGUCUCUAUAGGUAGUGUGCUGAGAUCAAAUGGCCAGCAGUUGCCACAUUAACACAUCUUGUCAUGCUUACUGGGCAAUGGCAUAAAUCGUUCGUGACGGCAGGUUUGUCUGGCUAAAUAGACGUCUCCGAUACGUCAAUUGAAAAUAAGACGAAUUCUCCGAGGAGAUGCAAACAAUUAUUGUUUGAUUUCUUCUUUUUUAAUCAUAAUUUUCCAGUCCCCGCGAUGUCUCCACGUCGAGGAGUAACUCCGCGACUAGAGAAACGUCUGUGUGAUAACAGGGGAGGGUUUCAUCAAUUUUGUUGCCUGAUAAGUUAUCAGAUAUGAAAACUUUUUUUUUUAUUUUGAUUGGCAGAGCAGCACUGUUACCAUGGUAGCUGUUGGAUACAACAUUUGACAAAUCAUGCCAUGAAACGUUCCCCUGACACACAGAUGAGGCGUUGCGGUGACGUAUUUGCGACUCGACAUGACAACGCACUUUAAAAAGCAUAAGACUGAUGCUGACAGCACUUAUGGUCAAGUCGGUAGGUGCCUUAGAAGUAACAUAUAGUUUUGUAAUGACGUUUGAUAAAAUAUUUAAUAUUGUGUCGUAUUUACUCAAGAGAUGUUGGUAUUUCUCUUUAUAUUUAUAACUAUUUUUAUAUGAAGAUUUUGUUUAGCCUAUAUAUCAUAAAAGCAAAUGAAAAUAUAAAACAAUCAUAAUAUA